GUUAGCUUGACGGUGUCAAAUGUCAAAACAGAGCCGCUGCAGCCCGCACAGAAUUACUGAAUGGAGACUUCACACGGUCGUUAAUUAUACGACAUGGAGGUAAUGGAGAAGGGGUGGCAGCAGGUGGAGGAGCAGGUUGAGAGGCUGCUAAGUGGUCAGGGGUCAGAGGUCACCGUCUGUGACGUGGGCCUGGAGCAGAGCAAACCGGCGACUCUGAGGAAGACAGUCUCCUACAUUGUCUGCGCCGUCAUCUUCAAUGAGAAGGAGGAGGUACUGAUGGUGCAGGAGGCAAAGCCGGACUGUUAUAAGCAGUGGUACCUGCCUGCAGGGAGGGUGGAGGUGGGGGAGAGCCUGGAGGAGGCGCUGAGGAGGGAGGUGAAGGAGGAGGCGGGGUUUGACUGUGAGCCAAUCACCUUGCUGCUGAUCCAGGAGCAGGGACCGCAAUGGAUCCGUUUCAACUUCCUUGCUAAAGUUACAGGUGGGAGACUAAAAAGUGUGUCAGCAGCAGAUCAGGAGUCUCUUCAGGCCUACUGGUGGGACAGACAGUCUGUUCUCCCUCUGAGAGGACAAGACAUUCUCCGUCUCAUUGACUGUGGACUCAAAUACCGUCGGGAUCCCUGGCAUCCUGUUACGUUACCUGUAGACAUGAGCUGCCGUCACGUUGUGCAGAGACUUGUCCUGGUCUUCACCAACGCUAAGGAACAGAUUUGGGUCCUGCUUAUCAAAGACCCGGUGCUCCACCUUCCCACGGCGGCGGCGGUGAAGACUCAUGCGGUGACGUGGGCAGCCAACAUGGUGGUGCAGGAAGCCUUGCCGUCAGCAUAUUAUGAUCAAGACGUCAACACGCUGGGCAUCUUCAGCCUGCAGCACAACGGGCGUCAGCACGGGAAGACAGACGGCGUGUGCUUCAACACGCUGGUGGCGCUGGUGCCCGACCACGUCCAACGCAAUGAGGACGGAGAAAAGGUAGAGCGGACGGGGACGGGACAGCCUCCACCUGUAGAAAACCCUCGAUACGUCUGGCACGAAGUCCAGAAACAAACACUGAAAGAGAAACUGCUGGAAAAGACCAAAAACACUUCCAUUUUACCUAUGGACAGCAUGUACUGACCACAUUAUAGCACUGUAUCAUUCACCAAGAGGACUCUUAUUGUGAAAAGAACACAAACAAAGACUACAUUCUAGAGACUUAAAAAAAAAUCAAAGUUCUUAUUUGCCAAAAAAGUCACUUUAUUGCUCUUAAUAUUAUGAAGUCACAGUUUCUCUUCUUCAUCCCCGUUUGUUUGAACUUCUGCCUGGUCGGGAGACUUCUCCACCUUGACCUUCUUGGCGUACUUGUCAAGGUUCUUCAGGUGUUUGGUUCUGUUUUCCAGGCGGACCAGCCACUCCGCCCUCAGCCUGGGAACACACAGAGGAAGGUUUUCUGUACUCGUGUUCAGCAGCUUCAAACAUAGAUGUUGUAUACCUUUUAUUUAACAGCCGGCAGAGAUGCAGAGAAGAUGAGUCAAAAUAAGGAUCUUCGCAGUGUUUUAGGUUGUCUGUCCUCAAGAGUCGUAGGUCUUUGCAGUGUACUGGUCCUCGCAGUGUUUCUGUACAGUGUUUUAGGUUUUUGCAGCAUUUCAGUCAUCAUGCAGCAUUUGUUUCUUGCCACGUUUUAGUCUUUGCAUUGUUUCUGUCCUCGCAGUGUUUUCAGUUCUCAGAGUUGUAGGUCUUUGCAGCACAUUGGUCUUUGUGGUGUUUCAGUAUCACAUCUAAAACAAUUGUUCUAUUUAAAUGUUUUGGCCAAGACAAAGGAAAUGUGCAGCAACGAAAGGCGACGCCACAGUUGGCCUUUGUCACCACUAGUUGUUGACCGUCUGCUUGGUGUGUCAGGCCCUUUAUUAGUCAAUGCAAAUCUGGUAUCUUGGUGACAGCUGGGGUAUUAUCACUGUCACUUCAGCGUUUCCCUUCACUCUUUUAUUUCACGAUCAAUCAAAUACACACCAUCACUCUGCGUGUAAGCAUGCGUGCAGGAGAUAAAAAUUGCAAACGGGUAGACAAAAGACAAAGAGACUACAGACAUGCUGUGUAACCUAACCCUCACUGUCAGCUGUUCUCACUGUGUCUUCGUCACCUUCCUGUCAAGUUUUCUGGAUUAUUCCAUUUGUCCUUAUAGCUGCUGAUAAGCUCCCUGACAUCAGCAAAGACAGACACAAAAACAGACAGACCAUAGAGUCAGACCAGAGUCUACUAAAAAAGUAAAAGCAUUGAUUGACUUCAGUUUGAAUUUAUUAAACUAAACUUAAAAAAGUAAACAAAAGACAGCUCAUGGUCCAGCUUUUAUAGACUGACUCUUUUUCUAAAAGCAGUUUAAAGGUAAGAACAACAUGUGUCCAUAGGGGUUUUCCAGGCAGCUUUGGACUGCCCACACUUAAAACCCCUCAACAAUAAAAAAAAAAUGUCACCAAAUUGCAAAAUCUUUUCCCCCCUCGAAUGAUUAACUUUGGAGACGUUAUUGGAAAAGCAUGCUUUUUAGGAUGAGGGCUGAAAUUGGGAGAAUUUUUUAUUUUAUUUUUAAAUCUACAGUAACUGCACACUAAGAGCCCAGGUGAGCUGACCACCCUCCGCUGUAAGAGUUUGACAACGACACAGUGGGACAUUUCCUGCAGAUUAUUUAUUUUGUCUAUAAAAUGUCAGACAGUAUGCCCAAAAGAGAUGUAAUAAAAUGACUCCAAAAUA